AUGGGCAGGAGGGACAGGGGAAGAGAGGCCCAAGCAAAGCAAGGAAGCGGAGGAGAGGGCACGGCUAAAGAGAGAGAAGGAGGAAGGGGACAGGGGAAGAGAAGGCCCAAGGCAAGAGAAGAAGAGGUGAAGAGAGGAAAAGCAGGAGACAGCCAGGACGGGAAGGACAGAAGGAAAGACAAGAGAAAAGGGGGCAGAAGCAAAAAGACGAGGCGAAACGAGGAAGGGAGGAAAAGGAGAGGAGAGGGGGAAGAGAAAAGCCCAAGAGGCGGGAGCGACACCAGAGGAGAGGGGGGGGACGCCAGGGGGCGAAACGGCGCUCAACGGGCAGAGAAGCGCGACAGAGCGGCAACGGGAGCGGAGCCGCGGGAAAAGGCGAGACAGCUGAGAGGAAAUGGCAAAAGGAGAACGGGCGGGCCAACGACGAGGCGCAGGACCAGCGAGAAAGAGAGGAAGGGAAGCGGGGAAGCAGGGGAGAGAGAAGCAAAGAGCAAAGAAGCGAAAAGAACAGAAGCAAACAGAGCAGACAAAGGCAAAGAAAGCGGGCCAGCGCAGAGCGAAAGGGAGAGAGGCGGGGGAGAGAAACACGCAGAGGGAAGACAGAGCGGACAAAAGAUAAGAGUCCAGAGGGGGAUGAAGCGCAGCAACGACAAUGAGACGAGAGCAGCAGCGAAAUCGAAGAGCAGCGACAGAGGCGCAAAGGGGGAAGCAAGGGGGGGCAACCGGGGGCGGACGGCGAGGCAGAGCCAGCGGACCCAGGGGGGGAAAGGGGAGGAGGGGCGCGCGGAGCCACGCGAGAAGAGGAAGAAAGAGGGAGCGCAAAAGCGAGGAGGCGCGCGGGAGAAAGGGGAGGAGGGGAAAGGGCGGAGGCAGGGGCAGCGAGCAGCGGGACACGAGGAAAGGGGGGAAGGGAGCGCCACGGGCCCGAGCGAAAGAGGGAAAGGAAAGACGGCGGGGCGGCGAGCACCGGAGGCGCAACAAGGCGGACCAAAGCCAAAACCGGAAGGGACAGCGGAGGAGAGAAAAGAGGAACAAGCGGGACAACAGGGCCAAAGAGAGGCGGGCAAAGCCAGGGAGGAGACAAGAGGCCCAAAAGGGCGAAAAGGGACAAGGGCAAAAGAAAGGGGGGAGACGCGCAGCAAGAGCGGAGAAGGAGAGGAACAAGAAAAAGAGAACAAGCGCACGAGGGCGAGGAAGAAGGGCGAGGACGGCAAAAGGCGCGCAAACGAAGCCAGGGGGAGAGGGAAGCGCGAAGGAGCAAAAGCCGGGGAGAAAGGAAGGACCGGGGCAAAAAGAGGAGCCAAAAGGAAAGGAAGCGCAAAGGGCGACGAGGCGGACCAGCGACAGGGGAGAGGAAGGGGACGGCGAGGCGAGAGCACCGAGAGCGAAGAAGAGGGGCAACCGACAAAGGAGGGAGGGAGCGGAAAGCAGAGGAGGGCGAAAGGAAGGCCAAAGAGGAGGAAGGGCAGGAAAGGCGAAAGCCAGCGCGAAGGGCCGAACAACCGGCAACCGCCAGGGCAGGAGAGAAGAGGGAGGGAGAACGGACGAACAAGGGGCGCGGGGGGGAGAAAAGGCAAAAGGGGCAGGCGAAAAGGAGACAACAAAAAGGCGGCGCGGGGAAAAGAGGGCGCGCGCACGACACAAGAAGAGAAAGGCGAAGAAAACAACAAGGGAGGCGACAAGGGCCGCAAACCCGGACAGGGCAAAAGAAAGGGGCCGGAGCCGAGCGGGAGCAAGGAGCAAGGCAGAAAGGGGGAAGCGACACCGAAGAAAGCCGAAAGCAAAGAGCGAAGGGGCAAGCGCGACAAAAGAAAAGCGCGCGGGAGCAAGGAACCAAAGGAAAAGGAGGAGGCGAAGGGAGGGGCAGCAAGGGAGGAAAGCGCAAGGGCGGAAGAGGACACGGCGCGAAGAGGCAAAGCAAGGGAGGGGAGGGCAAGGGAAGAGGGCGGGAGGGCGCGGGGAGCAGAGGAAGAAGAGGGAACAGCGAAGGCGGGCAAGGCGGGGAAGGCCGCGGGGCGCGGGAAGCGAGGGGCAGGCGAAGGCGAGAGGGGCAAGAGAGGAGGCGCACGCAGCCGCAACGCAAGGAGCGCAAGAAGAGGCGAAGGCGGGAAAAAGAAGAGAGGAAGAAAAAAGGGCAAGAGGCGGGACGGGAAGGGAGGAACGGGAAGAGGGAAAAGAGGCAACGGCAAGAAGAGGGGAAAGCAAGAGAGGGGAGAGAACAGAACCGGCGGGCGACCAGGGCGACGGGGACGAAGGCGGCCAAAAGGAGGGAGAAAAGGGGAAACAGGCAAAAGCCAGCAGGAGAGAGAACCGGAAGCGGGGAGGACGCCACAGGGGCGCAAACCCCGCCGAAAACGGACGAAGCGGACGACGCCGGGAACGAAGAAAGGGCAAGGGGGAAAAGGGGGGAAAAGGCAGGAGAGCACAAGGAGACAAGGACGGGGCGAGCAGGAGAAAGCAAAGGGGAAGGGGAAAGGCCGAAACAGGGCAAGACGACGGCAAAGCAACAAAAAGGCGGCAAGCAAAGAGAGGCCAAAGAGGCAAGGGCAAAAAGAAGGGGAGAAAAGAGGGAAGCGGGGCGAGAAAGAGAGAGGGAAGAGGGAGGCCACGCAAAAGGAGGGGGGGGGAAAGCGGGGGGAAGGCGGCGGAGAGACCAAAGCAACAAGCCGCGGCCCAGGGGCCGAAGGAGAAAAAGGGGGGCAAAACCGGCGCCAAAAAGGGGGCAAAAGGGAAGGAGGAGGAGCGGGGGCAAAGGGGGACAAACCGCCGGAGCGGAAGGAGCCACAAGCAGGAGAAGCAAGACGCCAGAGGAGCGAGAGAAAGGGAGAAAACCAAAGAGGGGGGAGGGGCAGAGGGGGGAGGCAAGGGCGGGAGGCAGAGGAAGGAGAAAGGGCAGCGAAAAGCGGGGAGGAGCGGGCAGAGGAAGGAAGGGGGCGAGGAGAGGCGACGACCAGCAAAGCAGGCAGAGGGGGGAACAAAAGAACAAGGGGGGGGGAAGAAGCCAGACACGGGGGAGGGGAGGAAAAAGCACACGGCAAGAGGGAGGCGCGGGACGAAAAGGGCGAAAAGAGGGAGCAAAAGGGAACAAGGGGCAGAGGGAGGGGGGGAGACGGAGGAGACGGGGAAGAAAAGAGGGGCAGGGAAGGGAGGAGGGGGAAAGGAAGGCGCGAGAAAAGCCCAGCGCGCAGCCAGGAAGAAAGGAAGGGCGGGAGGCAAGGGGGAGGGAAAGGGCAAAGCAACCCAGGGAGGCAGGGGAAGGGGAAAGGGCAAAGCAGCCCGGGGAGGCAAGGACGGGAGAAGGGGAAAGCGAGAAAAGGAAGCAGAAAGGCGAACCAGGGCGACCGCGGCGCAACCAGGAAAGCCACCCAGCACCAGGCACCCGGGGAACCAGACGGAAGAGGGCGCAAAAAGCACCCACCAGAAGGAGGGAGCGGAAAGGGGCGAGAGGGCGGGAAAACAAGAGCAGCGACCAGGGAAGCAGGGGGCACAGGGGAGCGAGCGCAGAGGGAACCAAAAGAAGGGGACGAAGCGCGAAAGGAGCCAAGGGGGAGGGACGCCAGGCAAGAGGAACGCGAGCAAGGCAAAAGAAAGGACGGGGGGGAACGGGGGCCAAGACCAAGGAACCACAAGGGGGAGGAACGAAAGGGGGCGGCCGGAACAAAGCAAACGAAGAAGGCGGGAGGGGAGGAAGAAAGCAAGGCGCGGGGCAAAAGGAGACGCGCAAGAAGAAGGAAGAGAGGGGGAGGAAACCGGGGCACCGGGAGCCAGACGCGAAGCGAGAAGGAGGGGCCGAGCCGACGCCGCACACAAAGAGGGCACCGGGGAGCAAAGGGACGGGAAAAGCGCAGGCGGGAAGGGACGACGCGAAGAAGAAGGGGAGGGCGAACAACCCCCAGGGGGGGAGGGAAAAGGCGAAGGGGACAAAGGCGACAAACGGAAAAAGGCAGGGGAGGGGGGGAAACAAGCACCGAGAGCGGGGGAGGAGACCGGGGCAAGGGGCGGGAGAAGCGGGGGAGGCACCAAAGGCCGGGGGGACAAAACGCGCGGGAGAAGGCAAGAGGGGGAGCAGAGGGGAGGAGGGCAAAGAGAGGGGGAGGAGAGGAGGGGGGAAGCACGAACAAGGCGGGGGGGGAGAAAGGGGCGAAGCGGAGGCAGAAGAAAGGCGAAAGGAGCAGGAGGGGGGAAGGAAGGAGGCGGGGGCGGACAAGGCAAACAAGGGAAGGAAGGAAGAGGCAGCAAGCAAGCAAAGGACACCCGCGACGGGAGAAAGAAGGGGGGCCGGGAGGGAAAAGCAGCGAGCAAAAGGCCGAAGGAGGACAGCAAGAAGGCGAGACAAAGACGAAGAGGGAAAAGAGGGCGAACAAACGAAGGAGAGAGGAAGGAGGGGGGCACGACGAGACCGCACGGCAAGCAGGCCGGACAGGGCGGAGGCGGGGGGAGGGGGGGCAAGAGGCCAAGCAAAGCCAAAAGAAAGCCACCGCACCGCAACAAAGAAAAGCAGAAGAGACGGGAAGGGCACAAGCAAGGGGGAGGGGGGAGCCGAAAGGGACAGAGGGGACGCGAACGGGGGGGGCAGAGGCGGAGGGGGCAGGGGGAAAAGAGACAGAAAAAGCACCGCCGGAACGGGGCAAGGCGGGGGAGGAAGGCGGGGGGCGGGGGGGAGCAAAAAGCAAAAGGCCAGCGCAACGAGGACCGCCGAGGCCGAAGAGAGGGCGGCAGGAAGGGGGGGGCGCAAAGGGGGGGAGGAAGCAACAAGGAAGGAGGAGGGAGGGAAGGGCGACGAGGGGAGCAGAGGGGGGGACAAGACAAGGGCAAGCGCGAGCACCCACAAGCCAGGGCGGCACGCAAGAACCAAACAGAGCGACAGACGACAGCAGGGCAGAAGGGAGCAGGGGGAAAAGAAAGAGCGAAAAAGCGAGGAGAGCCCGACGGAGAACCAAGGGGCAGAGAGGCGCACGAAGCCGGGAGGCGAAACGAGAGGGGCGACGGGAAGGCAGGAAGGGGGAAGGGGGGAAAGGAGCGAAGGAGCACGGAACGGAAGCGCGGAGCGAAAAGGAGACAGAGGCCGCAAAGGAGGGGGGACAGGGGGAGAGGCGAGGAGAGGGGGGACGGGGACAGAGGGCGAGGGGCGGAAGGGGACGGAAAGCGAAGGGCGAAAGGGGAAGGGGCAAGGAGGGAGGGCAGGGGAAAGGGAACGGGGAAGCCAGGGGAAAGGGAACGGCGGAAAAAGAGGGGCCAGGCAAGGCGGUCGAAAAGCGAGGGGGAGGGGAGGGAAGCGCUAGGAGGAGGGGGGGAAGGAUAGCCGGAGGACGCAGAAGAGACGGGGAGAGGAGGAGGGAAGGGGGGAGGAAAGGCCGGGCCAAGAGGGGGGAGAAGGGAAAGGACGAAAGGGCGGGGGAGGAGGGAGGGCAAGGGCGGAGCGAAAGAAUUGGGCGAGGGGCGAAAGAGGGGCAGGAGGGAGGAGAGGGGGGGGAGAAACGACCAGGGAGGGGGAGGGAGAGGAGGGGGGAGAAGGGAAAGGGGGACAAGGGGCCGAAGCGGGAUGGAAGGAGGAGGAGGGGGACCGGGGAGGGGCAGAAGGAGAGAGGCGAGGGGAGGAAGGGCCGGGAGGAAAAGGCCAGAGAUGGGAGGAGGGAGAGAAGCCAACGCAGGAAGAAGGAACGAGAAGCGACGAGAAAGAGCAACAGGAAAGACACGGAGACAAAGAAAAGCCAGGACAAGACCAGGAGACAAGGAGAAAGCACCGGAGGGAGAAGGGGCCGCGAGGGCGAACAAAAGGAGCGGGGGCAGGAGGGGGCGCGCAAAACACAGGAUGGAGGGAAGCGGGGGAAAGCCAAGCAAGAACAAGAGGCCAAAGCCCGGGGCGGGGGAGGGAGAAGGCCAGAAGGGGGAAGAACAAGGCGCAAGCAGCGGGCGGGACAACAACAGGAAGGCAGCAGGGGAAGGCAACCCAACAGCCAGGGGGACCGCCGCACCAACGAAAGGCCGAGCGAGGACGGGGGCAACAAGCCCAAGGGGGGGGCGCGCAAGGGGAAAGCCGAGGCGGGGAGCAAGCGGCAGCAAAGGGGCCGAAACGCGAGGGGGGGCGAAGGCGCAAAAGGAACCGCAAACGACCCAGAAAAGGGGGACAGCGAGAAGGGGCCAAGUGCAGGGGGAAAAGAGGGCCCAAAGCGUGAGCAAGCGCAAGGGAGGGCGGAGAAAGAAGAAAGAAGAAGAAGCGAAAAAGAAGCGCAAACCGAAGGGGGGAGGAGCGCAGAGACGAGACAACAAGAAGGUGGGAAGGGGGGGGCCAAAGAAGCGGGAAGAAGGCAGAGGGGGGGGAAGCGGAGCGCGGCGGGCACACAGAGGAAAGAGGGGGACACGACAGGGCGGGAAAGGGACGAGAGGGGAAGGGGAGAAGGGCAAAAAGGAGAGCGGCAAGAGGAGAGAACAGAGCAAGGAGAGAGGGAAAGCGGACAGGGGAGGCAAGAAACCAGAGGGAAGCAAGCAGAGGAAGCCGCAAAAGAGGAGGGGGGAAGGGCGAGGGAAGGGGCAGACAAGAAGAGGGCCGCGCGCAAGGACGAAGAGGAAGAAAAAGGCCCGGGGGCGGAGCGAAGGCGGGGGAGGGAGGGGGCUGAGCAGGGAGGAGGGCGGGAAGAAAGACAAGAAGGGGAAACGCAGGCAAAAAGGGGAAAAGAGAAAAAGGAAGGAAAAAAAAGGAAGCAAGGAGGCGGAGAGGACGGGGCGGAAGGAAGCACAAAGGAGGGGGGCCCGAGAGGAGGGGGGGCAAACGCAGCGGGCGGGGGCAAAAAAAAGAAGCAAAAAGAAAAGGAGGCAAAGACGGAAAGCCAAGGGGGAGGAGAGGGUGAGGGCAGGAGCAAAAGGGGGAAAGGGGGAGGAAGAAAGGGGAAGAGAGGGGAGAAGCCAGAGGGAAAGCGGAGAGCCCCAAGGGGAGGGAGGAGACGAGGCGAGGCGAGACAAGAAAGGGAAAAAGAAAGGCAGGAGGGGAGGAAAGGGAAGGAAGAAGAGAGCAAGCCAAAAAGCAAGAAGGGCAAGAGAGAAAAGGGAAACAGAAAGAGGAAGAGGGAGGCGGAGGAAGAGGGAGAAAAGCAAGCCGCAAGAAAGCCCGAAGAGAAAGAACGGGACGGGAAGGGGGCAGGAAGCGAGGCGGAAGAGCAAGCAGCGAGGGAAAGAAAGGAGGACACAAGGGAAACAAGAAAGAGAACCAAGAAGGGGACGGAAGGAGAAGGGGAGAAGCGGGAAAGAGGAGGGAAGGGCACAAGGGCAAGCGCACAGCCCACAGGGGAAAGAAGCAAGGGGAAGGCCAGCAGGGAAAGGAAAGAGGCGAGGGGAUGGGCGCCGAGGGGGAGGAGAGGGCAGGGAAGCCAAGGGCAAAGGCAGGAGGAGAGGGCCAAAGGGACGGGAAAGGGACGAAGGGCAGGAAGGGGACGCAAGAAAAGGGAGGCAAGCCAAGGGGGCGAGGCGGAGGAGAGGGCCAGGAGGGAGCAAGGGGCAAAGGCAAGGAGAGAGAGGGAGGAAGUGAGGAAGGGGCGCAAAGGGGGAGGAAGAGGGAGAAGAGGGAGGAAGGGGCCAAAGGAGAAGGGAGGAAGGGCGCAAAAGGGGACCCGAAAGGAAAGAGGGAGGCAGGGCAGGGAGGCAGCCAAAGGGGGGAAGGGGGAGAGAGGAGUAGAGCGGACAAGGCGGCAAAGGCAAGGGGGAGGGACAAGGGUAGGGAGGAGAGGGCAAAGGAGAAGGGAAAGGGAGGAGAGGCAGGCCAAAGCAAGGAAGGGAGGAGAGGAAGGGCAGCGAGCAAGGGAGCGAGAGGAGGAGGGGGCCCAAAGAGAGGAUAGGGGAAGAAGAAGGAAAGUGGAGGAAGGGCAAGGCAAAGCAAGGAAGCGGAGGAGAGGCAAGGGACAAAGCGAGCAGGGAGAGAUGAGGGCCAGAGAAGGGAGGAAGGGGACAAGGGAAGAGAGGGCCCAAGGCAAGGGAAGAGAGGAAGGCGGGAAGCAGGAGACAGACCCAGACGGAAGACAGAGGAAAAGAGAAGAAGAAGGGGCAGAAGCAAAAGACGAGGCGAAACGAUGGAAGGGAGGAGAGGGGAGAGUAGAGGGGGAAGAGAAAAAGCCCAAGAGGCGGGAGCGACACCAGAGGAAGAGGCAGGGACGCCAGGGGGCCGAAACCGCAAGCGCAAGGAAAGCGCGGGACAAGAGCGGCAACGCGGAAGCGGAGAGCGGACAAAAGGCCGAGACAGCGAAGAGAAAGGCGAAAAUAGGAGAACGGGGCGGGCCAACGGAGAGGCGCAGGACCAGCGAAGAAAGAGAGGAAGAGGGAAAGAGGGGGAAGCAGAAGCAAAAGAAGCCAAAGUCAAGACGAUAG